UAAAAGUCGCAAAGUACAAGUUGAAUAUGAUAUAUAUAAGAAGAAUAAACAACCGAAAUUUACAACUUACGAACAGUUGCAAUGGCAGUGUAUGUGCCUUUGUGAGAAGGUUUGAUUAUUUCACAAAUGUGGUUAGGAAAAGUUCAGGAGAAAACACACGACUACCUUCCACCGGCAAUCAGAAAGUAAACGACGAGCACACAGUGAAAAUGUCGACGUACGAAAGAGAUCGACUGGGUCAACGAGGAACUGGAGACAAUGCCUCAACAAGUUCCACAAGCGGUCUGGAUCGCCUAAAGAACCCCAAGCUAAAUAAGGGGAUGGCCUUUACUUUGGAAGAACGCCAAAUACUGGGAAUCCACGGUUUUCUCCCUCCAAGAGUAAAAACACAAGAGGAACAACUGGAACAUUGUCGUAUGUGUCUGGAGCGACUUGACGAUAGUCUUAACAAAUAUCUUUAUUUAAUGAAUCUUCUCGACCGCAACGAGAAAUUGUUUUAUCGCCUUGUUGGGGAGAAUGUUCAAGAUAUAAUGCCUCUGAUUUACACCCCCACUGUAGGUUUAGCAUGUCAAAAAUUCGGCUUGGUUUAUCGCCGACCUAGAGGCCUUUUCAUCACAAUUCACGAUAAAGGGCAUGUUUAUGAUAUUUUGAGUAAUUGGCCAGAACCCGAUAUUAGGGUAAUCGUGGUGACCGACGGUGAGCGUAUUUUGGGUUUGGGUGACUUGGGUGCGUGUGGUAUGGGAAUUCCCAUCGGCAAACUGUCUCUAUACACAGCCUUGGCUGGUAUCAAACCGCACCAAUGUUUGCCCAUAACCUUAGACGUUGGUACCAACACGGAAAAAAUGCUAAACGAUCCUCUUUACAUCGGCCUGAAACAGAAUCGGGUCCGAGGCCAAGAAUACGACGACUUCAUCGACGAAUUUAUGCGAGGGGUUGUGCGUCGCUGGGGCCAAAACACCCUCAUCCAAUUUGAAGACUUUGGAAACGCCAACGCGUUCCGUCUUUUAGCCAAAUACAGGGACAAUUAUUGCACUUUCAAUGAUGAUAUUCAAGGCACUGCCAGUGUGGCAGUUGCGGGAAUUUUGGCCUCGAUUCGGGCCACCAAAACGCGACUUUCGGAAAACACUUUGGUGUUUCAAGGAGCUGGGGAAGCCUCCCUUGGGAUCGCCGCCCUUUGCGUCAUGGCCAUGAAAGCCGAAGGGACGCCAGACCAAGAAGCACGUAAAAGAAUCUGGAUGGUUGAUUCGAAAGGUUUGAUUGUUAAAAACCGACCAGAUGGGGGGAUCACCGAACACAAGGAGCCCUUCGCUCAGGAUCAUGAACCGAUUAAGACACUCGCCGAAGUUGUGAAAAAAGUUAAACCGACGAUUUUGAUUGGGGCUGCGGCGAUUGGGGGCGCUUUCACGCCGGAAAUUUUGCAAGAAGUGGCUAAGAAUUGCAAAAAACCGGUUAUUUUCGCCCUGAGUAAUCCCACAUCCAAGGCUGAGUGUACUGCUGAGCAAGCCUACCAAAACACCGAUGGAAAUUGCAUUUUUGCCAGUGGAAGUCCCUUCGAUCCUGUCACCUACAAAGGGCGUACUUAUUAUCCGGGACAAGGGAAUAAUUCGUAUAUUUUCCCGGGGGUUGGGCUAGCAGCGAUUUGUGUAGGGAUGCGCACCAUUGGAGAAGACAUUUUCCUAAUUGCUGCAGAGACUCUUGCUAACAUGGUGUCUGAUGCCGACUUUGAGAAGGGAAGUCUCUACCCCCCGUUGUCCACAAUCCAAGAUGUGUCUGUGAAAAUUGCAACACGUCUUGGGGAAUAUGCUUACAAAAAAGGUUUGGCAACCGUGUUACCCAAACCCGACGAUAUGGAAGCUUUCAUAAGGGCACAAAUGUACAACACAGACUACUUGCCCGCAGUCCCUUGCACUUACCCAUUCCCCUAAAUGUAAUUUAUUAUUUAUAAAAUGUUGCUGGUGGUAGGAAAUGAACUGUCGACCAGUUUAUUUUGUAAAUUUAUUUUUAAAAUAAAUGUAAAUUAUUUGUUUUUAUAAUAGUGUUUUCAUUCAAUAAAAAUAUCACUGUUAAUAUGUAA